AUGCUGUACAGUCAUGUCACGCUGCUUAUGUUACGUGUGGUCGACGUGGUCGCCAAGACUACCGUACAACAAUCGGCUCGAAUGUUGGUCGCCGAGAUCCCCGGCGAAAUUCAGAUUGGAGCACUUUUUCCUCUACAUCGUCAAAUAGCCGGUUCCGAAUCGUGCGGUCAAAUAUGGGAACAAUACGGUAUACAACGUACGGAGAUAGCGUUACGUACUGUACGCGAACUUCAAGAUCAGUUACCGUUUCGACUCGGAAUAUCGGUCAGAGAUUCAUGUUGGACCGAACGAAUAGCAAUGGAGCAGACAAUUGCAUUUCUUCGCGAAGGUGUCGCUCAAUGCAGUUGUUGUCAGACGCCCGGUUGCAACAAGAAAAGUGUGCCAGUAGUCGCCAUUGUAGGACCUGGCAAGAGUUCGGCGACAAUUGCUGUACAAAAUCUAUUGCAGGUAUUUCGAAUCCCUCAAAUUGGAUACUCAGCCACCACACCGGAUCUCUCCGACAAGGAACAAUUUGGCUAUUUCAUGCGCGUUGUACCAUCCGAUGUUUGGCAGGCACAAGCAAUAAAUCGUUUACUUCAUCAUUACAACUGGACCUAUAUCGCAGUGCUUUACUCAGCUGGCAACUACGGUGAAAAAGGAUUCGAGGCAUUGGAACGGCUUGUGAAUCAGAAGAACUCUGUGGUGUGUGUGGCAUACUCGGAGAAGAUCAAAAGUUUGGCCAGUGAAGCAGAAUAUAAGAACGUGCUGAAAUCUCUCGCCAGCCAAAAAUUACGACCACAAGUUGUGGUUUGCUUUUGCGAAGGACUUACUAUUAGGAACUUCUUUCAAGCACAAAAAGAACUCAUCAAAAAGAACAAGAGUUUUAAGCGUUUCCAAUGGAUUGGUUCGGAUGGUUGGGCGGAUCGAAAUGAUGUUGUGGAAGGAUUGGAAAAUGAGGCUGAAGGCAGUUUCAGCAUUCGUAUCCACGCUCCGAAGGUACCCGGUUUUCGAGCGUAUUACUCACAGCUGAAUCCGGAAAACAACACGGUGAACCCAUGGUUUCGUGAAUUUUGGCAACAAAAAUUCGGUUGUCAAUUUGCUGUAUCGAAAGAGGACAAAAACAACGAGAAUAUCCGGAUUUGCACCGGUAACGAAGACCUCGAUAAGGAGUACAAGGAGGAUCCCAAAUUGUCACAAGUGAUUAACUCCAUCCGGGUGGUUGCGUUCGGUUUGAAAGCUAUGUAUCAGGAUCGAUGUCGUGACAACUCAACGUUAUGCACCGAAAUGUUGUCGAGAAAUGGUACCCUUCUUUACCAGUACUUACUGAAUGUUACCUACGAAGAUCAAUUCAAACAAUCGAUAUACUUUGACAGCAACGGAGAUCCACCAGCAUGGUACGAUAUUUUGAACUAUGUAGGGAAACGUUCACCAGAAGAACCAUACGCAGAAGUGGGCAGCUUUCAAUCAAACAACAUCAAUGGUGUAGAGGAGUUAAACAUGACGGACUCGCAUAAUAUUAUUUUUUUCGACCGUUCUAAUAUACUACCGGAAAGUGUAUGUAGUAAACCAUGUGGCGUCGGACAACGGCAACGCGAAACGAUUGCAUGUUGUUGGAUUUGUGAGAAUUGUAUGGACCAUCAGAUAGUGAAUUACACCACAAAUCAGUGCCAGAAUUGUACGAUAGGAUUUUGGCCGGAUGAAUUGAGAAGAUCUUGCCUUCCACUUCCACACGAAACGCUCUCAUGGUACUCGUUUGGUUCGAUACUGGCGCUUAUUCUCGCUACUGUAGGAAUGAUUACCACCACGUUGACUACAAUCAUAUUUAUGAAACAUAAUAGUACGCCGGUGGUAAAAAGUACAACUAGGGAGCUUAGCUAUAUUAUACUCUCAGGAAUUAUGGCGUGUUAUGCUGUAACGUUUUCGAUUUUGGCCAAGCCAUCCUCAAUUUCCUGUUUUUUGACCAGGAUAAUACCGCCCAUUGCCUUUUCCAUUGUGUAUUCUGCUCUACUCACGAAAACUAAUCGUAUUGCCAGGAUUUUAGCCGGCAGUAAAAAACGUAUACUUACUAAGAAGCCACGUUUUCUUAGCACUUUUUCUCAGGUGGUUAUCACAUGGAUCCUCGUUGGGAUCCAGUCUGUUAUCGUUGCGGUUGGUGUGUUACAGGAAUGGCCAUCCGCCGGAUUUUCAUCUCAUUACCUGCCACAUCGUCUCGUACUCGUUUGUUCUACAUCAUCCGGCUCAUUUCUUACUCCUUUCAUGUGGAAUCUCUUUUUGAUCUCCUUAUGUACGCUAUAUGCGGUAAAAACUCGAAAUCUACCUGAAAAUUUCAACGAGGCCAAAUUUAUAGGAUUUACAAUGUACUGUACUCUGGUUGUGUGGAUUGCAUUUAUAGUACUACAUAUGGGUACGGUGAAUAAAGCGUUAACGAUGAGUUUCUCGUUCUCGCUAUCCGCCUCUAUACCUCUUAUAUUGCUGUUUUUCCCUAAACUCUACAUCAUUAUACUGCAUCCUGAAAAGAAUGUUCGUGCUUCAUAUACUACUACGAAGUUGAUACGAUGUCAUUUUGGCAAUUCCCAGGGAACCUACGAUAGUAAACAUUUGUCCAAUAAAACCACCAGGACAUCGAUGCAGUCAGGUUCAGUAAGGAGCUCCACAAAGUCGUCAAGCCUUGCCGGCGCCGGUGUGACCAGAACCGCAUCUGUGCAUGUUCCAGUAACCACUGGUAAGGGAGUAAUUCAAGUGGACAACUCAACACAAACCGACAAUGUUGCACAAUUGGUGGAGGCGUGUCGAAGGUAUCAGGAUGAGAAACUGUGCGCAACAGCGGCAAAUCUGCUACUAGAAGAGCAAGAAGAUGAAGUUGGUGCGCUGCUGGCGGAUUCCAUUGAGAACUCGGUACGAACAGUGUUAUCAACGGUAGCCGGUGGUCCACGUCCAACGGUUACCAAAGCUUCAACACCGCAGCGAAUGUCGCUUACACCAACUUUUAUCGAAUCGGUAACUAAAUCGUCGGCACCGGCGUCACAUGCGCCAGUCCCGAAACCACCACGAUCACGUCCAAGACAAAAGAAACCUCCCACCAUAGAAGAGGAUGGUUUCGAAGAAUUCUUCAUAACAUUUUGCACCGUAUUGUUCCCUUCCUUGUUCAAAGGCAGUGUUGGAGAAAAUUUUCAGUUUACUGAGAAGUCGUGGCGUUCAACCACUCCAAUUCAGCCAAGCUACACCACUUUGAUGUUAUGUGCAGCUUGUACACCAGGAAGAUUUGUCAGUUCUAUUCGAGGAUCGCAAGCUGUUGCUGCUGUUUGA